ACUUUGGGCAUUCUGCCCCCGCCUCCAGAUUGAGUGUUAUGCAUGACGGGCCUUGUAGUCUCGGUUUCCCGGGUAGGCAGGGCUGGACCGCUCCUUUGGGAGGAGGCGGGCGCAGGAUGUGACCUCACAGCCCAGGAUCGCGGACCGGCUGGCGGCCACGGGCCCGCGGCGGCAGAGUCCGCUUGCCACUCAGCUGAAAGCAGAGGAGCCCCCAGGGACGUGUUGAGAGUAUGAGGCUCUGGCCUCCGCUGUGGCCUCACUUGUGAUCACUUCCACCACAGUGGAGCCUUCCAAGCCCACCUCCUGCCGAGUGGUGAUCUACCUGCAGCGGGAGAUGUCUGGGGACACCUGUUUGUGCCCAGCCUCGGGGGCCAAGCCCAAGCUAAGCAGCUUCAAGGGAGGAGGGCUGGGCAAUAAGUAUGUGCAGCUCAAUGUGGGCGGCUCCCUGUACUACACCACUGUGCGGGCACUCACCCGGCACGACACCAUGCUGAAGGCCAUGUUCAGCGGGCGCAUGGAGGUGCUGACUGAUAAAGAAGGCUGGAUCCUCAUAGACCGAUGUGGAAAGCACUUUGGCACCAUUUUGAAUUACCUCCGAGAUGACACCAUAACCCUCCCUCAAAACCGGCAAGAAAUCAAGGAAUUGAUGGCUGAAGCAAAAUAUUACCUCAUUCAGGGGUUGGUGAACAUGUGCCAGACUGCCCUGCAGGACAAGAAGGACUCCUACCAGCCUGUGUGCAACAUCCCUAUCAUCACGUCCCUGAGGGAGGAGGAUAGGCUCAUUGAAUCCUCUACCAAGCCCGUGGUGAAGCUGCUGUACAACAGAAGCAACAACAAGUACUCCUACACCAGCAACUCUGACGACCACCUGCUAAAAAAUAUCGAGCUAUUUGAUAAGCUGUCCCUGCGCUUCAAUGGCCGAGUGCUCUUCAUCAAGGACGUCAUCGGUGACGAAAUCUGCUGCUGGUCCUUUUAUGGCCAGGGCCGUAAGCUGGCAGAGGUGUGCUGCACCUCCAUCGUGUAUGCCACAGAGAAGAAACAGACCAAGGUGGAAUUCCCAGAGGCCAGAAUCUAUGAGGAGACACUCAACGUCCUACUUUAUGAGACCCCUCGAGUUCCUGACAACUCUUUAUUGGAAGCCACAAGCCGGAGCCGAAGCCAGGCUUCCCCCAGUGAAGAUGAGGAGACCUUUGAACUUCGGGACCGAGUGCGCCGCAUCCAUGUCAAGCGCUAUAGCACUUACGAUGACCGGCAACUUGGCCACCAGUCUGCCCAUCGAGACUGACAAGACCCUCAGGGAGUCCAGGCACAGGAGGCCCUGUCUCCCAUCCUGUGGCUCCCCACCCCAUCAGCCACCCCACACUGCUGCUGGCUGGGUGUCUUGCUCCAGCACCCAAAGGCAUGACAGGCCUUGCCUGGGAGGUCAGACGGCCUUGGCCGUGUUCCCUUGUCCUGGCCCCAAGCACUUCCAGAUGCAUCUCCCUUUCUGCAAGACAAGGAGCUGCUUCUGCUCUGAGGUGAAUGGACUGACCUCCCACCUCCUGCUAAGAACAUUCCCUCAGGCCCUUUGCUGAGUGUCCCCUUCCUCAGUUAAGGCCCAUGGGAAGUUUUAUUCUGGGAGGAAGGCAGCUUUUGGUGCUGUGGAAGCCCAGAUUUUUGCAGAAGGGGGCUUUUUUCCUAAGGUGUUUAAGCACAGGUUUGAUGUCUUUGGGUUUUUUUCAAUAAUCUAGGGAAUUAAUAGUUUUGAAUCUAAUAAAGGGCCUGGACAUCUCUGCUAUCCCUGCAGAGUGCCAGGGCCCUGUGUAAGCCAGACCCUUCAAGGGCCCUUCUUGAUGCCUUUGGGAUCUGUCUUUAAAGCACUUUGUACUGUUAUUCAGGAAGUCUGUAAUUUUCCCUGACCAAUGUCUUUUUCUGAUCCUAAUCCCCUCCUGAAGAAUCAAUCUGAAGGAGGGGAUAAAGAGGAAGCAAUAAAAAAAACCUCAAAACCAGCCAGUUUGGCUUUGCCAGCCUGGCCAGCCAGCCCAGAGAGCAUCAAGAAAGGAAGGAGGCAAAAGCUGGGACCUGUGGUGUUAAUAGCAUCCUGUGAGAAAAGACAUCUCACCCCCACAGCUUAGAGGGACUAGCAGGAUUUUUCUUUUUAAUUCUAGUCCUUGAGGGCAUGCUGUUCUCACAUACCAUAAAGCCAGAGGCUGGCAUAGAGGCCUGGAGCUAGGCACCUGGAAGGCUACAAAGCCUAUGGACACUGCACAGGGCUGGCCUGUGCUCCCAGCUGCCUGCAUAGAGAUGGCCAAGGCUUGUCUACAUGUCUGCCCACCCUGACAUCCACAUUACUGGUUUGUGUCCUGGCUAGGAAAGGUGGCUGUGCUCAGUGGUGUCUCUGGGGAAAGUGACCAUAACAAGCUAAGCCCUUUGAAGACCCUCAUUCCCACUUGCUAGGUCAUUUGGCCAUGGAGAUGCCACAUGCCAGCCAGGGUGGAGUUCCCACUCAGGACUUUGGUUUUUAUCCCCUUUGUUUGGCUUGGCCCAGUCUGGCAGUUUAUCUGAAUUCUUUCCAGAGGAAUGCUGUCAGGGAGGGAGCUGUUCUACUAGCCUAACGAAGCAGUGUGGCCAUGUCCAGUCCCAUUCUCUCAGGACGGAACACAGGUUGCCAUGCUCUUCCCUGGGCUACUCUUCAGAUUGCUAAGUGGCUGCUCACAGCACAUCAGAGCCUAUGGGCAAAUACCAGGCUCAGCGUUGGACACUCACAGGGACCUGAAAUGACAUGAUGGGGCAAGGCAAAUGUGACUUACUAAUCAGGCAUUCUUUGUUAGUCACAAUCUUGAAUGUAUAAAUAGCUCCCAGGUCAGAUGUUGGUAACCAGCUACUAGUCUUAUAGUCCUCCCUGGAGUUAAGAUGACAAUCCAUUUCUUUGGUCAGAUUCAGGCUUUGGCUUUGUAGCUUUCCUAUAGACUGGAAUGCCUCAGCCUGAGGCCACCAUCCUAUUUUCUCAGCUGUCCUCAUAAAGCCCUUUAAUAAAUUCCCAGAUCCCUACUAAGGUAUUUUCAUGCUUGUCCUUUGACCUGUGUAUCCCCUUUACCUGCUAAUUAGUGCUUUGACACUCAGGUCCUCAGCCAUCUCAGUGAUACCCAGUUUGGGUCCUGAGAAAGCACAGUAGUCUGGGGCUGGGCAUUUUUCUCCUUUUGACUGUUAUCUCCUUGAUCUUAAGGAAAACACUAACACUGAAUUCACUGACAUGACCUAAGCUUCUUUAAUCAGACUUUGCGGCUUAACAGUUUGGGGAAUUUCCUAGUCCCAUUCAGAAAGCAGCUCUUAGCAGUUUGAGUUUUUGAAUUCCAGCCAAGCAAGAGAGACAUAAACAAAAGAAUGGAUUAAGGUCAAACUUUCUUGUUCGUUUCUGAGAAAACUGGAAGCUUGCUGUUAACAACACAGACCAGUACUUGUUUUUGUUGAAUUUGGUGUGUGGCCAUGGACUGUCUGAAGGACAGCACAGAUCCUGGGGUGAGAGAAUUUUUCCUUUAUCACAUAACUGCAAUCUUUUGUUGUUCAGCCUAAGUGAUGGAAAUAAACACUAAUUUCUAAUAAAACUUGUACAGUGAUACACA